AUGCCUCGGGUUGCCCAGGUUCCACGCGCCGGGGGCGUAAAAUCAACGUCCAAAUCACAUUCGGCGUCACCUUUCAAAUCGCCCAUAAAGAUCCCUUUAAACGACGAUGCGCACGAAAGAGGCCAGCGAAUGCAUUCACGAAAGGCCCUCCACGAAAAGCAAAUCAACGAGAUCAAGGCGGCGGCGACGCCCCGAAAAGGCAGCCUAAGAUUGGACGACCUGGAAAAUGCGUCGCCGGGCUCUGCUCUCGGCACCCCGCGAGGCGGGCGCAUUGGCGAGCUCGCGGACGAGGUCAUGGUCGGCGGCGUUUCCGUGACACCCGUCAAGCGGGUGCCCAUCCUCGCCAACUUUGAGGAAUGGAUGAAGAUGGCCACCGACAACAAAAUCAACGCCACCAAUUCGUGGAACUUUGCCCUGAUUGACUACUUCCACGACAUGUCGCUCUUGAAGGAAGGUGACGGGGUCAACUUCCAGAAAGCCAGCUGUACCCUGGAUGGAUGCGUCAAGAUUUACACCAACAGAGUCGACAGCGUCGCCACCGAGACCGGCAAGCUUCUGAGCGGGCUGGCCGACAGCAGCAGCAGCAGCAGCAGCAAGAAAAAGGACCGCGAGGAUGCCGAGGGGGAGGGGGAUGAGAGCGGGGACGACCUAGAUGAAGAUGGAAACCCCAAGAAAAAGUCCAAGAAAAAGGCUCAAAGGUCGUCAGAAGCUACACUUGCCCCGUCUUUCAGCUCACUACAACUGAAAAAGUUUGAGCUUGAAUUUGCUGUCGAUCCCUUGUUCAAGAAAGCCUCGGCAGAUUUUGACGAAGGUGGUGCCAAAGGUCUGUUGCUCAACCACCUGAUGAUUGACUCGCAAGGUCGGAUCGUCUUUGACAGCAGCGACGACUCGGGUGAUGUCGGCCCAGUUGGCAAGAAGAAGGAGGAAGACGACGACGAAGAAGGCGAGGAUGAGGAUGGUGACGCAGACCAAGCCGACAUUAUCGCACAGUUGGAAGAUGGGCUGGCAGAGGAGGUGCUUGCUGGUGAGGAGGAACCAGCAGUGGAGAUUGAUCUCGUUUCUCUGGGCCAGAGGUUUUUGCCUGCCUUGAGCCGUCUUGACGAGCUUGAUGUCUGCCCCUCGCUCAAGAGCUUUGACUUGGGAGACCCGUCCGGGUCCAUGGACAUUCCAUUCCUGAAAGCACCCGAAGACUGGAAGGACCAGGACGAGAACCACGCAGUUGGUGGAGACGAUUCUGGCAUGUUGAUCGACGACGACGCUCCGGCCGGAUUCGACGACGACGACGACCUUGGGUUGGGCAGUUUCGACAUGGGCGGCGAAGUCGCCUUUGGCGAAGGGGGCGAAGCUUGGGCCCGCGACGCCGCUCUCGAGCCCCAGAUGAGGGUCUACGACGCUGGCGUGGAUGACGAGGCUGCCGAGGGUGGUGGAUUCGACGACAACGGCGAGUACAUUGUGUCCAUGGUCAAGCCGCACAACGCCGACAAGAUGCACCAAGACAUCCUCGGCUUCUUCGACCAAGCUCUGCGGAAAAACUGGAGCAGCGCGGAGCAUUGGCGGAUCCGGAAAUUCAAGGAUGCCACGAAGCCAUCCGGCGAGGUCAGGAGACGGAAGGAGAAGGAGCCGUUUGAGAUUGAUUUCGCAGCGCCGCUCGAGACGGCAGCGGCCAACGCCAUUUACACGCAGGCGUCGAGCAACUCGGCCAUUAGCCUGCCCAAGAAGGACUGGAAGUCAAAGUCGCGAAACCUGAUUCCGGACGACAAGCACUUCAACUCCCGGUCGCUGCUGAGCCUGUUCCUGAAACCCAAGGCCCGGCUGUCGAGACGCCGAACCACGGGCGGCUUCGGCCCGCGGAUCGGCGGCUACCGCCACGACGACGACGCACACGCCGGCCACGACCAGGCGCCGAUGGAGAUGGACGAGGCGUUUUGGGCCAAGCAGAAGGCGCCCGAGGACACGGUGCUUCCGGAAGGCAACUACGACGCCAACUUUUUCCAGGACGACGGGCUGCCCUUUCCCGGGGGUGACGACGCGGACGACGACGACGACCUGGAGUUUGCCGACGCGCGGGAGCACCUCUCUCCCGACGGGGACGCGGGCAUGACGGAGGCGGGCGGCAUGACGGCCAUGCUGGGAGGCGAGACGUUUACCAACGCGGCAUUCGGCCACACGCUCGUGACGUCGACCAGGAGGAUACGGCCCGAGUACGUCAACUACGCGCGCAAAGCCACAAAGGUAGACGUGCGGCGCCUGAAGCAAGAGAUCUGGAAGGGCAUGGCGUUUGACCAGCUAGAGGCUCCUCCGCACGGCAACCAGGCCACCCAGCAGCCGCCCGCCGAAGACGAGCCAGACCAGAAGCCCCAGCCGCCCAGCCACGACACGACGCUGAAAUUCACGCACGUCAUGAACGCCCUCCAGUCGGUGUACCCGAAGACGGCCAUGAACGACAUAUCCACAUCGUACUGCUUCAUCUGCCUGCUGCACCUGGCCAACGAGAAGGGCCUGGUGAUUGACAAGUCGGACGGCCUGGACGAGCUGAGCAUCCGCAAGGACUGGACGGCGGAGCUUACCGAGGGGGGUUGA